GACAGAGCGCAGAGCCCGGACCGAACCCCCUCGGUGACAGGCGACCCUGGACCGAACCCCCUCGGUGACAGGAGCCCCUGAGCCCCUCCGACACACAGGGGGGAGCGAAGAUGCCCUCGGCUCGGAAGCCGAUGCGGUACGGCCACAGCGAGGGACACACCGAGGUCUGCUUCGAUGACACCGGGAGCUGCAUUGUAACUUGUGGCAGUGAUGGAGAUGUUAGGAUUUGGGAAAACCUGGAUGACGAUGAUCCCAAGUCCAUUAAUGUGGGAGAAAAGGCCUACUCAUGUGCUCUAAAGAAUGGAAGACUGAUCACAGCAGUCUCGAACAACACUGUUCAGAUCCACACAUUUCCCGAGGGAGCCCCCGAUGGAAUCCUGACUCGUUUCACCAUGCACGCCAACCACGUCACCUUCAGCAGUGGUGGCACCAAAAUUGCUGCUGGAUCCAGUGACUUUAUGAUCAAAGUUGUGGAGGUGACUGACAGCAGCAAGCAGAAAACAUUCAGAGGACACGAGGCUCCUGUUUUAAGCCUGUCUUUUGACCCCAAGGAUGUUUACCUGGCAUCGGCGAGCUGUGAUGGCUCUGUCAGAGUCUGGAAAAUUGAAGAUCAGACAUGCACAACAAGCUGGCAGCUGCUGCAGAAGUGUAAUGAUGUGAUAAAUGCUAAAUCAAUCUGCAGGCUUGGCUGGCAACCUGGCACUGGGAAGUUGCUGGCAGUUCCUGUAGAUAAAGUUGUUAAACUGUACAGAAGAGAAACCUGGGAUAGUCAAUUGGAUCUAUCAGAUGCCUCCAUCACACUGCCCCUGAAUGUUGUGGCCUGGUCUCCUUGUGGGCAGUACCUGGCAGCUGGAAGUGUGGAUGGGAGCAUAGUGGUGUGGAAUGUGGAAACCCAGGAGUGCAUAGAGAGGAUGAAGCAUGAGAAAAAUUACUCAAUUUGUGGACUGGCAUGGCACCCUAAAUAUAAGCAAGUUGCUUACACAGACACUGAAGGAAAUCUGGGGCUGCUGGAAAAUGUUGGCGUUGUAGAGAAGCCAAAGGACAAGGUUGCCAGUGCAGUGGCCAAGGACUACAACGAUCUCUUUGAUGGAGACGACGACGACUAUUUCAAUGGAGAUAUGGUUGAACCUCAGUCCUCCCCAAACCCUGCAGCUGAUGAAGAUGAUGAUGGUGACCUUAUGCUAACUUCAGGCCGUCCAAGAAGGGCAAUAAUUGAUGAGGAUGAUAACUCACUAGAUAUUGGGUUGAUAAAAGCUAGCUCCAGCCUUCUUGAAAAGGAGGAAGAUGGUGAUGAUCAGACUGGUGGCUUUUCAGCUUUGCCACCAUCAUCUACACAGCAGCAUUUUUAUGAUGGGCCAAUGCCAACCCCCAAGCAAAGGCCCUUCCAGUCUGGCUCCACUCCUGCACAUCUCAUGCAUCGAUUCAUGGUGUGGAAUUCAGUUGGUAUCAUCCGCUGUUACAACGAUGAGCAGGACAAUGCCAUAGAUGUAGAAUUCCACGACACCUCUGUGCAUCAUGCAACACACCUGCCCAACUCCCUGAACCACACCAUGGCUGACCUCUCUGCUGAAGCUAUUUUGCUGGCCUGUGAGGGUACAGAGGAACUUGCAAGCAAGCUCCACUGCAUUCAUUUUGGCUCCUGGGAUGCCAACAAGGAGUGGACAGUGGAUAUGCCAAAGGAUGAGGACAUUGAGGCCAUCUGCCUGGGCCAAGGCUGGGCUGCUUGUGCCACCAGUGCCUUCCUGGUCCGUGUGUUCACAGUUGGAGGAGUUCAGAGAGAGAUCUUCAGCCUCCCAGGCCCAGUGGUGUCCAUGGCAGGGCACGGAGAGCAGCUGAUGAUUAUUUAUCACAGAGGUACUGGGUUUGAUGGGGACCAGUGCCUCGGGGUACAGCUGAUGGAGCUGGGAAAGAAGAAAAGGCAAAUUUUGCAUGGAGACCCUCUUUCUCUUACAAGGAAAUCGUAUUUGGUAUGGGUUGGAUUCUCUGCAGAAGGUACCCCUUGUUACGUGGAUUCCGAGGGGAUCGUGCGGAUGUUGAACCGAGGGCUUGGGAACACUUGGAUUCCAGUGUGCAACACCAGGGAGCAAUGCAAAGGAAAAUCUGAUCACUACUGGGUCGUUGGCAUCCAUGAAAACCCCCAGCAGCUCAGGUGUAUUCCCUGCAAAGGAUCCCGGUUCCCUCCCACACUGCCACGGCCUGCUGUAGCAAUUUUACCUUUUCAGCUUCCUUACUGCCAAGUUACAACAGAAAAGGGGCAGAUGGAGGAGCAGUACUGGCGUUCUGUUGUGUUUCAAAACCACGUGGAUUACUUAUCCAAAAAUGGCUACGAAUUUGAUGAAAGUGCUAAAAAUCAGGCAGUGAAAGAGCAGCAAGAACUUUUAAUGAAGCUGUUUGCUCUCUCCUGCAAACUGGAGCGGGAGUUCCGCUGUGUGGAACUGGCCGACCUCAUGGCUCCCAACGUGGUGAGCCUGGCCAUCAAAUACGCCUCCCGCUCCCGCCGCAUCAACCUCGCCCAGCGCCUCAGCCAGCUGGCUGUGGAGAAAGCCACUGAGCUGGCAACAGCACAGGGAGAUGAAGAAGAGGAGGAGGAGGAGGAGGAAGAGGAUUUCCGGAAGCACUUGAGUGCUGGUUACAGCAGCUCAGCCACGGAGUGGGGUCAGCUGCCAGUCAGGAACGUUCAGCAGGACCAAGAAGUGGAAGAUGCUGAGGAAACUGAUGCCUGUGAGGAAGCAGAAGAAACUCCAGAAGUGCAUAAACAGAGGCCAAAUCCUUUCUCCAAAGGUGUCACUUCAGCAGAGGUGACUACUCCAAAGUCUGCAGUUCUAGGUUCAUCAAGCAGCCAAGGACGAGUGAAUCCAUUUAAGGUGUCAUCUAACAAAAAGGACCCAGUGGUCCCCUCAGCAAAUGUUUUAGACACUAUGAGCAGAUACUCAAAGAAAACAUCUUUGUCUGGCAGUCGAGCUGUGAACAAGCAGAACCCUCCAGUUAUAAAGCCUCUGAUUCCCAAACCCAAGUCGAAGCAGGCUUCAGCAACCUCCUUCUUCCAACCUCGUACACUUACACCCAACCCUAGUGAAAAAGCAGUGGAAGAAAGAGAAGGAAAAGCAGUGGAAGAAAGAGAAGGAAAAGCAGUGGAAGACGGAGAAGGAAAAGCAGGAAAUGAGUCCCAUGAAGUCAAAGUCACUGCACAGGAGAACACUGAAAACAGAAGACCAAGGACAGGUUUCCAGAUGUGGCUGGAGGAGAACAGAGCAAACAUUUUGACAGAUAAUCCUGAUCUGAACGAAGCAGAAGUAAUAAAAGAAGGCAUGAGUCGAUUUAGAAUGUUGACAUCAGAGGAAAGGAUGGUGUGGACUGAGAAAGCAAAAGGAGGGGCAGUCAAUGGUUUAGCAGAAGAUAAAAAGCGGAAGCGUCCCACGGCUGACGAAGGUGAAGGGAGAAGGAGCCAGGAGGAAAAAUCGGAGGACACAAACGCAUCCAAAAAAUCCAAGCCUUUGGACCAAUCCACAAAUGGCAGGUUGUCAGCUUUUGCCUUCAAGCAGAGCUAAAUGACGUGGUGCCUUCUCAGUGUCUGUGUUCUGUGCUCAGGUAGCUCUGUACGGAGGGAACUGGCUGCCUUGCUCAGAGAGCACCAACAGAAGGAGUGAUUUGCUCCAAAUAGUCUCUUAGAAAGUGUUUUAUAAUCAGUUCUUGAGGGAAAUGUUGAAAUCUACUCUCACAAUUUUUUUACUAUAAAGCUUGAUAGCAAAAUUCCUAUUAAUGGGCCUGCUCCCUGGAGGCACUGGAAGCUGAGUUCCACAGUGCUGUGUAGCUGUGACACACACACACACACAUUGUGUGCCUUGAUACUUGUAAUAUUUGGUGCUAAAUGCAGAUUAAUCAUUCUGGGGAGCAUAAACUGUGUCCAAAAAUCUGCCCUGUGAUUUUAGAGAGGCAAAGGAAUGGCUUCUGUACCAUUCCUACUGCCUGGGAGUAAGACACUCAAGGAAAUGGGCGUGAGGGGAAGAAAGCUGAACACCAGCAACACAUUAAACUGCAUUUUCAACAUCUGUGGCAGUGGCAGAGAGCACUUUGACACAGGCAGGGAUAGAAAACCAGGGCAGAAGCUGAAUUAGGAAGGUCAGGUGUGCAAAGCCAAGCCACUCCAGACUGUGCAAAUGUGCUUUCCCAAUCCAUGGCUCAGCAGGGUCCAGAAGAACUUGAAAAUGUGUUUAUUAUUUUCUGUAACGUUUGUUUUUUAAAUAAAAUGCGAAAGUUUCCUCGUUUAAGUUGGUGUUGUAAUUGAAGCAAACAGAUUUUUAC